CUCUCUCUCUCAGUAUCAGGGCUGCAGCAGUGCUGCUGUGUGAGAAUCAGUCAGUGCGCUCUGGGCUCCGCAGUCAUGGCGCUGCUGGAUCUGGCUCUGCAGGCUUUCUCCAUCUUCGGGCUGAUUUUAUUUAUUGUUCUCUGGCUCAUGCAUUUCAUGUCCAUCAUCUACGUCCGCUUGCAUCUCAAUAAGAAGGCGACUGAUAAGCAGCCCUACAGUAAACUGGCCGGGAUCUCGCUGCUGAAACCCCUGAAAGGAGUCGAUCCCAAUCUAGUGAAUAAUCUCGAGACCUUCUUCGAGCUGGAUUACCCAAAGUAUGAAAUUCUACUGUGUGUCCAAGACCACGACGAUCCUGCAAUCGACGUCUGUAAAAAACUGCUGGGAAAAUAUCCCAAUGUUGAUGCCCGAUUAUUUAUAGGCGGGAAGAAGGUCGGCAUCAAUCCAAAAAUAAACAACCUGAUGCCGGGAUACGAGGGAGCGAAGUACGAUCUGGUGUGGAUCUGCGACAGCGGCAUUCGAGUGAGGCCAGACACGCUGACGGAUAUGGCAAAUCAGAUGACGGAGAAGGUGGGACUGGUUCAUGGUCUUCCCUACGUGGCAGAUAGACAGGGUUUCUCCGCUACGCUGGAGCAGGUGUACUUCGGAACGUCACAUCCUCGCUCCUACAUCUCUGCUAACGUGACGGGGAUUAAGUGUGUGACAGGGAUGUCGUGUUUGAUGAGGAAGGAUGUUCUGGACCAGGCUGGAGGCCUCAUCGCUUUCGCUCAGUACAUCGCUGAAGAUUACUUCAUGGCCAAAGCGAUUGCUGACCGAGGUUGGAAAUUCGCCAUGGCGACGCAGGUAGCCAUGCAGAACUCAGGCUCGUACUCUAUCGCCCAGUUCCAGUCACGCAUGAUCAGAUGGGCGAAGCUUCGUAUCAACAUGCUGCCGGCCACCAUCAUUGAGCCGAUCUCUGAGUGUUUCGUGGCGAGUCUGAUCAUCGGCUGGGCGGCUCAUCACGUGUUCCGCUGGGACAUCAUGGUGUUCUUCAUGUGUCACUGUCUGGCCUGGUUCAUCACCGACUACAUUCAGCUCAGAGGAGUUCAGGGCGGUCCUCCAUCCUUUUCUAAGCUGGAUUACGCAGUGGCCUGGUUCAUCAGAGAGUCCAUGACCAUCCAGAUUUUCCUGUCGGCUCUGUGGGAUCCCACCAUCAGCUGGAGGACGGGUCGGUACAGACUCCGCUGCGGCGGAACGGCAGAGGAGAUUUUGGACGUAUAAAAAAAUGCCAAGUGAAUCGAAGAUGGAAACAAGAAAAACAGCAAAAAAGAAGACAAGAAAAAGCAGCUGGAGCCCAGAAACAGACUAAAGACGGAACGAGAGAAAGAGGAGGAGAAAGAGAGGGAGGAAAUACGCAGAAACGAACUGCUACUACUCUUCUUCUUUAGUUUUGAUUUGUUUUGUGUGAGUUUUAGGAGAGAAAUUACAGAUCUUAAUGGUUUUUAAUCCUGUGGCGUGUGGGAGAGCGUGAGUGUGAGUAUUUGUGUUCUCGGUGCUUUCGCACGGCUGAGGUCUCCCCGACCGGCCGGCGGCCUUCAGUUCCAAAAUGAGCCAAUAGUGACAGACGAGUGGAGGAACAGAGGGGGGGAGAGACGCAGGAAAUGCACAGGUAUGUGAAAGAGGAAGAAGGGCCAAGUUGCUUGAACCUUGUUUUAGUUCUUUAGUGGAUUUUUACUUUUAUUUUUUAUUUUAUUUUUGGACAGAACUGCAUGCUCGAUAUAUAUAUAUUUUUAGCAAAGCAAGCCUUAUCUUAGUAAUUAUGACUUCUUUUAUUUUUUAUUUUAUUUUAUU